GUGAAAUCAGUAAGCGCAGAUAGCGGGCAAUAGGUGCUGGCGGAGGUGACGUCAUUAGCAGGCGCGCAUAGGGAAGUGUGAUGUGGCUGUGAAGAUAUCACAAUGUCUGCCAUCUUUAAUUUUCAGAGUUUGUUAACGGUUAUUCUUCUGCUAAUAUGCACAUGUGCUUACAUCAGAGCUCUGUUUCCCAAUCUACUGGACAAAAAUAAAACUGGAAUACUUGGCAUAUUUUGGAAGUGCGCAAGGAUUGGUGAACGAAAAAGUCCAUAUGUUGCUGUAUGCUGUGUGGUGAUGGCCUUUAGCAUUCUAUUUAUGCAGUAGCCUAAUAAGUAUCCAGUGAUGAUUUUUCUGUUUUUUAAUCAGAAAAGCGUUUCGGUCAUCAUGCAAAAUGUAUGUAAAGAAACAAAAAUGUAUGGUUUUGUGCUCUGAAUAGUCAAGAUCCCGAGGUAUCGCGGUAUGGCUGUCAGAGACAACUGCAACACAUUGUGGACCAAGGCCUUUUCAACAGAAAUCAAUCCCCUUUUUUAAAAUGGAUAACAAACCACACAUUACAUUUUUGCAGACAUUUUUUACAAUUGCAGGUUUCUGUUAAUCUGCAAAAAUGUUUCUCCCCAAUAAGCAAUAUAAAUAUUAGAAACAAAUGACGUGAAAGGUGAUUUGUAAGUGUUAAACAUGUGAAUGAUCUGGAAAAUAAACGUAUUUAAAAACAA